AUGGGGAAAACCGAAGUCGCGGCGUCAAGUGCGACCGCUGUCAAUGAAUCUACCUCGCCAGCUUCCUCCAGUAUUCGCACCAGGAUCCAAGUUUGGUAUAACAGUGUCUUUUGGGUGGUCUCAUUGCUAUUCCUCUCACUUGGUUGGCUUGCCUGUAUCAUUGCACUCCUAGUCCUGAAUUUUAAGGGGUAUAUAGCUGGCGCGAGCGCUUCCUGCGGCGUCCGCUCUUGCAAUGAUAACCCAUGGUCCCAAAACUGGCAACAUACCACCGACCGACUUGACAAGAGCGACCACAAUAUCCUCGGCGCCUUACAACUGGUUGCAAAAGCACUGGAGAUAUGGUUUAUCUUUUUAGCAGGCAGCCUCAUGCUUGAUCUCACAAUGCUGUUGGCCAGAAAUGGGGACGGGCUUCCAUUUCGUUGUCUCGUCCUUCCCAGCGACUUUGGUGAGCUGAUGAGCUUCAAGUCUCCUAGUCUGUGGAAAUCACCACUCUCUCCGCGCACUGGGAGUGUGCCACUUCCUUCGACAACAGGGAAUACAAGAAGGCGCACAAUCUACCUUUUAAUCACAUUUGCAGCUUUGUUAUCUAUUGUUUGCAAUCUCAUGGGACCCGCUACGGCGGUAUUACUCCUUCCAACCCUGGGCUGGAGGACGAUCACAGUCCCUGAAUACCAGCAGGUCGUUGGGAUCGGAGCAUCCAAACCCCCAGGCUCAUCUGAAAUCCUAACUUGCUCAUCUACUCAGAUGGCUGAUGGCCAAUAUUCAUGUCUGCAAGGCGGUGUCGGAGACUUGCGGUAUAUCACGGAUGAAUCAAUCAAUUUUCAGUCUCUCAUGAGGUUCUCGUUCAAUAUCACCGGCACAGUACCAGCUCUUCCUAUCAUCCCCAGUCGUCAAACGUUGAACCGGAUCAGCAUAGAUUUCAACGAAUGGUCCUUCUCUGGCGAACAAUCCAACUUUACCUCGGCCGCUGAGUUCGCUGGUCCCGGCCUCACUUCGAGUAUGUACCGCGCAUUUCGAAAUGCCCAACAAGUCAUUCGUCGAAGACAGGCACCUGGGUAUCUCUUCUCUUGCGACUGCAUGGGAGCGUUCCUGCCUUCUUCGGUGACACAAAUCACGGCCAAAAAAUAUGUCCGUUGCUUCGAUUUCAUGGCGGUACUCGGCGGGCCUUCGACAGGCUUUUCCAGCAACGUAUUCGAGAAUCUCUAUCCUGUCUCGUACACGAUCGAGGGAUCGCCUAUCUCCACAAUGUGCAUUCGCACGGGGCCUGGUUGGUCACAUUCUGAGAAUGCACAUGCACAGUUUUAUCUCGCAAACUCCUCGUCGACGCCAGUGACGACUAACGUGUAUUCUUCUGACCGGGCAAUUUAUCUCAAUUCUUCCAACUAUGAAUGCCCAAAGCAGAGCACGACUUCUGAGAGCGCCAGUAGCCCCUGCGAUUGGGAUGCUCUCUUUGCCACAGAGCCAACUCCUCUUCUCAGGAAUGUUUCCAUGAAUCCGCUUAUCACAGAGUACAUCUUCUCUGACGAUUCCACAACUUCAUGGUGCUCAUCCUUUGUUUUUCCUCGGUUAGCUACCUACGUGUUUGACACGUCCCCGAUUACCAAUCCAUUUAGCACCGUCACCAUGGAGGACGAGGGUCCUCUUGCUCUAGGAGGUGCUGUCGAUCCCAUUUAUGUCGAUCCGAAUUGGAUCUUAGCUGCCUGGAACGUGGACAGAAACGGUACAUUAAGCAAUGAGCAAGCGUUUGUUGGCGAGGAAGACUUCAUCGUCUCUGUUGAAACUCCAACCUUUGCCUCUGAACUUUCGGACCCCCAGUCCAUCAUCGUCGCACAGUCUCUGUCGCUUAUCGACUAUACACUUCAACCUGCCUCUCCGGAUUCAGCUGGUGUCCAAUCUCUCGUUGUCAACUUCCUGGUCCAUGUCUGGUCGUACGGACUGGACUCUCGAACGUCCAAGGUGGGUGUCACCAUUGCGAUUGCCGGCUGCGUGGUGGCCUUGGCCAAAAUAGUCGUCGGUCUGGCAACCCGGACUGUAUCUCGUGACAACCUCGAUUUCAUUAUGAAGUCGCUUGAACAAUCACCACCACCGAAGAGUGGGGCAAAAUCUUUCCAUGAUUUGGACGAGAAGAUUAAAACGCGAGUGCGAUUUAUGAUGGAAAACGAGCCAGACGCAGAAAUCAAGGUUGGAAAGUUUUAG